UCGACCUGAAAAAACGACUAUCGAUUUAAAGUUAAAAGUCAUCAACUUGAGUCGAGUCACUAGCAUCCCUAGUUUAACCACUGUGGUCAAGGUUAUACGUCCAAAUACUAUCGCUAUUGUAAUUACAAAAUUAUCUAUUACUAUUAACCAAACAAUAUAUGAAUUAUACAAAAGAGAAUUCACUUUUAAAAUAUUGAGAUGUA